UACGUGACGCGGCAGUAGCUCGGACUUUCAUAAUUACGUAAGCACUUCAGCGGCAGUGUCUCUCCCUAAUAACACAUUAUAUAUAUAUAAAGUUGAUUUGUGCCUUUUCACCACCAUGGAUUCAGCAGUCACAAAAGAAACAGAGAAGCACUGCGUCCUGUGCUGCCAAGAAGUCGAUAUCUUCGCCUUAGGAAAAUGCGACCACCCGGUUUGUUACCGCUGCUCCACCAAAAUGAGGGUGCUGUGCGACCAGAAGUACUGCGCCGUCUGCCGGGAAGAGCUCGACAAGGUGGUGUUCGUGAAAAAACUGGAGGCCUUCUCCUGUCUGCCCUAUCAGCAGUUCCCCUGUGAGAAGAAGCAUGAUAUCUAUUUCAGUGACGAGAGGAUCUAUGCCCAGUACAGGCAUCUGCUGUUGCCAGAGUGCCUCCGCUGUUCAGAGCCUAAGGUUUUCUCCAAGUUGGAGGAGCUCGAUCAACACAUGAGGAAGCAGCACGAGCUCUUCUGUUGCAAGCUCUGCACAAAGCAUCUUAAGAUCUUCUCCCACGAGCGCAAGUGGUACAACCGUAAGGAACUGGCACGUCACCGAGCACAUGGAGACCCAGACGAUACCAGCCACAGAGGACACCCGCUCUGCAAGUUCUGUGAUGACCGUUACCUUGAUAAUGAUGAGCUGCUUAAACACUUGCGAAGGGACCACUACUUCUGCCAUUUCUGUGAUGCAGACGGAUCCCAGGAAUACUACAGCGAUUAUCCAUACUUGAGCGAGCACUUCAGGGAGAGUCACUAUCUGUGUGAGGAAGGCCGCUGUGCCACAGAACAGUUCACCCAUGCAUUCCGCACUGAGAUCGACUACAAGGCCCACAAGGCUGCAGCGCACAGCAAGAAUCGUGCAGAGGCUCGACAGAACCGCCAAAUCGACCUGCAGUUUAGCUACGCCCCAAGACAACAGAGGAGAAAUGAAGGUCUGGUGACAGGUGAGGACUAUGAGGAGAUGCGUCACAGUCGAGGAGGAAGAGGAGGAAGGCCUCAGGGGGGACAGAAGAGCUGGCGGUACUCCCGAGAGGAAGAGGACAGAGAGCUGGCAGCUGCUAGAAGGGCAUCCAUGGCAAUGCGUAGACAGGAAGAGAGAGGAGCGGUGCAGGAGAGGACCGCUCCCAAACACUGCAGAGAGGAGAGGAUGGAGAGGAUGGAGAGGAUGGAGAGGACGGAGAGGACGGAGAGGAUGGAGAGGACAGAGAGAACAGAACCAGAAGAGCCCAGACACAGGACCGGACCCGUCAAACAAACAAGCAAACCUCCAGUAAGAACAAUGAAGAGCACUAAUCCAGAAGAAGAUGACUUCCCAGCUUUGGGAGCCACUGCUGCCCCACCCAUUGUAAAGCCAGCUCCUGUGGUGGUAACAGCAGCCCAUGCGGCUUUGAAGGAAGACGACUUCCCCAGCCUCUCAACUGUUGCUGUUUCAUCCCCAAUGACCCCGGCUUACUCUGCCCAACCUAGGAAGACUUCCUCUUUCCAAGAGGAGGAUUUCCCCGCUCUCGUGUCCAAAAUCCGGCCCCUCAAAACCGCAGCUGGUAGAAACUCCGCCUGGUCCAACCAUACUACUGUAGCUAAACCCACCACUCAGCCCCCUCCUUCCUCCAGACCUCCCCCUCCACUCUCAUCUACAUCGUCUGGCCCUCAGCUCCUCUCCUCCUCAAACUCUUUGUCUUCUCGGAGGAAAAAGAAAGUAGGGGAUAAUGGGAAACCUACUACCCGGUCUCCUCCUUCUUCCGAGGAUGACAGCGGAGGACUGACGCAGCAGGAGUUCCGCUCGGUGCCCACCAUGUUCGACAUCUCCUCUCUGCUCACCGUUAAAGGAGGCAACAGCAAACCCCCUACUGUGACCUCCAACCCUCUGAACACGACCCCCAUUCCUGAUCCACCUACCUCGAAAGCCAGCAAGAAGAAAAAACAGCAGAAGAACACAGCCACUCCCUCGGCUUCUGUGUCUUCAGUGUCAGGGAUGGCACAAACUGUAAGUACAGUCUCAGUGGAAACGGCAGCACAGAAGGAGAACGUCCCUGAGAAAACUUGGAACAAACCCCUUUCCAGCACUGUGACAGGGGCACCGACGAGUGGAUUGGCUAAUGGCCACCCUGAGAAAUCGCCACCGGUUAUUAAGGAGGCAGCUGCGGUAACCCCUCAUCCACACACAGACCCCCCUCUUGACAAGGAGGAAGAGUUCCCUGCCCUCAUGACCAAGAACCCACCACCAGGCUUCAAGAGCUCCUUCCCAAUGAAGGCCUCAGCUCCUGCCCCAUCCUCCACUUUGCCCCAACCUCCACCCGGCCUGGGAAUUUCAGCCACUAAACCUCCCCCAGGAUUCACCGGGAUACCCCUCAACAGCAAUGUGGUGGAGCCUGCUCCUUCCGCAGUCAACCCGCCCCCCAAGGUGUCAAGCAGUGGUUACCUAGUCCCAGACGACUUCCAUCAGAGAAACCUGGAGCUGAUCCAGUCCAUUAGAAAGUACCUCCACAACGAUGAGUCAAAGUUCAACGAGUUUAAAAACUACUCUGCACAGUUCAGACAGGGUGUAAUAUCAGCAGCCCAGUACCACCGCAGCUGUAAGGACCUGCUCGGAGACGACUUUAACCGCAUCUUCAACGAGCUGCUAGUGCUCUUGCCGGACACCGGCAAGCAACAGGAGCUCCUGGCUGCCCACGGCGACUGCAAGGCCAUGGAGAAGCAGUCAGGCGCUGGUGGAGGAAAGAAAAACAAGAACAAGAAGAACGCCUGGCAGAUGCCGACCACAGCGGCUAACGCAGCAGCUGAGCUGGACUGCCAGGUGUGCCCCACUUGCAGACAGGUACUGGCCCACAAAGACUUCAACUCCCACAAGACCCUGCACAUCAGAGAGAGUGAGGAAUUCCCUUCCUUGCAGUCAAUUAGCCGUAUCAUCAGCUAGCCCCUCGUUUUUUUCUUUCUGCAGUCUUCAGUUGCCCCUGCAGCCCUGUCAAAGCCCUGCAGCAGACAGUGUGGAGAACAGGAGCCCGUUUCCUGCGUGACCACGUCCCAGUGGAGUUUGGGGCUAAUAUCUUAUAACGAGUUGGAAUUUGAGAUGGUUUAUGGUGUUUUUACUUUCUAUGGGAAUUAUGUUGAUUCACAGUUUACACACAAUUUCCCCAUUUCAACUCUUAUUUCCACUCACAUCCUUCGAGGACGUCUCCAGCUGGCACUGGCACUGGUCUAACCAGAACUGUCAAUUUAUUUAAUGAGAGAAGAGACAAGCUGAGGCUCUGCUUAAAUGUGUUGCUCCCUGAUAGAAAAAUUGUAUUGAUUUACAUUUUUUUUACCUUGCUUUGUGUUUUCACUCGAACAGAAGAUGACAAAUUGUAUUUUGUUAACAUCAACGUUGAUAAAGUGUGUAUGAUUCCCCAGCGGGGCUGCUUGGUUAAAUAACAAAAUAAACGCAAACCUGUUUGGUUCAACUACUCAGCACCAUAUUUAUUUCAGUGUAGCUGUUUUAUUGUUCAUUGCUUCAUGCAAGGAGAAGGCCUGUUAAGUGCUUGAGUGAAUGGAUUGUUGUAGUCUGUCAGAGACAUCAUGUAGGAGGGUGAGUGACAGGAAGUAAGUUGCUUUGGGAAUUGGAACAAAUCUUUCAGUCAGUUAAAGUUUUUUAAUGUGUUCGUUCUUUUUAUUCUGUUCACAUCAAUCACCAUUACAUUUGGUUGAUUUGGUGAUUGAUGGAUUGGUUAAUCAGUGCCAUUUGUUUGAAACUAAGUGGAACUAAAGAAUGAAAGCGUGUCCUCCACAGUUAUAUCUACUUUUAAGAAUCAUUUAAGGAUAUUUCUUCAACACACACAAACAUUAUCAUUCCGACUACCUUUGAAUUAUAGUUUUGACACACUGCGCAUGUAAACUCGGUUGGUAAGGGGGGGCUGGUUACAUCCAGUACACAAUCUGUUCAUCUUCUCUCUCAGGACCCUUUGCUUGCACCGAUGCCCACCUGGGUGUGCGUUGUAUGUGUGUGUGUGUGUGAGUGUAAGAGCGAGAGAGAGUCUGAAUGAUGUGUAUAUAGUUUGUAUAUACGUCAUACAGCAGCUUACUCUUUUUUUUCUGUCUGGCUUCAAUAAAGCUGUUAUCUUUCA